GAGCUCAAGUCAGCCGCAGCUACGACUGACCGACCGACCGGACCCCCCUCCUCCUCGUCCCUCCAAGAAGGAGCUGCCCAGCUGGAUGGGGGGAAAGCUCCAGUCGAGUCACCAGGCCCUGCUCAACGAGGGGAAGGAGGAUGAGACAGAAAUAUUUGGCUACAGAACCCACGGGUUCCGGAGGGCUGUGUGCAUUGCUGGGUACGUCCUGUCCUGUGGAGUUCUCCUGCUUGUCUUCUACUGGAAACCUGCGUGGGAUGUGUGGGCCAACUGCGUGCCCUGUGACUUGCACGAAGCGGACGUGGUGUUGCUCAGAGCCACGGAUGAGUUUCAAAGGUACACAAGGAAGAAGGUGAUCUGGGUCGACUUGUCAAAACUUUUGGACAACAACAAAUUGAGUAACAUCCUUCGAAAUGACAAAGAAUGCGUCAUAUCCAAAGCCAUCAUGAAGCCACGUCUGAAAGUGAGAUACAUCCAGGUACAAAAAAUCCGCUACGUGUGGGAUGUCUCUGCUAAACAGUUCCACAGAAUUGGGUCACUGGAGGACAGCAACACGUGUUAUGAAAUCCAUCGCAAGUUUGGUGAGGGGCUGACGAAGCAAGAGCAGGAUUUAAGGAGGGUAAUUUGUGGGCCCAACAGAAUUGAGGUGGAAAUUCGCCCCAUCUGGAAGCUGCUUUUCAAAGAGAUCCUGAACCCCUUCUACGUCUUCCAAGCCUUCACUGCCCUGACUUUUGACACUGUGAAACAUCCCAAGGCUACAUCCCGAGCAUAGCACGCCUUGACCAUCAUCAUCC